ACAUACCAACAGUGCAAUGUAGGAAAGUGUCGAAACUUUUAACUGCUGUAAUUAGUAGCUGAGGCUUGGAAGAGUGCUGGCUUUGUUCCCUGCUCAGGCUGGGAGCCAGUGAGGGGACAAAAACAUGCAGGAUAAGUUAGAGGGAGAGGGGGCCAUGUUGUAGCCAAUCUCUUUCUACCACAGCUUCAUGCACGUUCGCUCCACUGCUGCAAAUGUGUGUCCUGAAGGAUUAACAGGAAGCACAAAGAAAAUUGGUGAUUGCUGUUUUGAGAAAAGCGUUGGUUGGAGAAGUGGAAGGGAUUCUGCUGCUGUUUUGUUGUUGAGCAACAUCAGACAACAUUCUGCAAAAGGAGACAACAAAGAGGUAAGAACUUUAAGUUUGCAGGACUAAUAUACAAUGUAGAUGUAAAUUUCAAAUGAACAGAAUUAAGGAAAGUGUGGUCAGUUUGAGGUGUCCAAGUAGAAUCUACAGCUGCAAAGACAUGGACGGGACACAAAUGAAGAAAAAGGAGGACGACAAGAAGGAGAAGACAGAAGAGGAGGUGGUGCACCUUCGGAGAGAGAUUGGCCUGCUGCCUGCGGUGUCCUUCAUCAUCGGCACAGUGGUGGGCAGUGGGAUCUUCAUCGCACCCAAGGGAGUCCUGAUGAACAGCGGCAGUGUGGGGCUCUCUCUGCUGGUGUGGGCGCUGUGUGGGGUCCUCUCCAUGUUUGGGGCCCUGUGCUAUGCUGAACUGGGCACCAGUUUUACUAAAUCUGGGGGUCACUACACUUAUCUACUGGAGACACUGGGUUCACUGCCUGCCUUUUUACGACUCUGGGUUGAGUUCUUAUUCAUCAGGCCAGCUGUAGCUUCCUAUGUGUCCCUGGCUUUUGGCCGCUACGUGGUGGAGCCGUUCUACGCACCUUGUGCUGCUCCCAUGGUGCUAAUCAAGCUUGUCAGCAUCCUCGGAGUGACGUUUGUCGUGGCAGUCAACUGCUGGAGUGUGACCUUGGCCUCUCGCACUCAGGUCACCUUGACUUUCAUUAAGAUGUUUGCUCUGGUCCUCAUCAUCAUUCCUGGUGUCAUUGCACUGGCCAAAGGAAAAACAGAGAAUUUCCAGAAUGGUUUUGAAGUUGACUCAUUAACAUUGGAUAGGUUGCCACUGGCCUUCUAUAAUGGCCUAUAUGCCUACGGUGGAUGGUUUUAUCUGAACUUUGUCACAGAAGAGGUCAUAAACCCAAAUAGAACCAUACCGCUGGCAAUAAUCUGCUCCAUGGUGACAGUGACAGUCUUUUAUGUGCUUGUUAAUGUGGCUUACUACACCAUGAUGACUCCCGCUGAGCUUCUGCUGUCUGAUGCUGUGGCUGUGACGUUUGCGAACCGUGCCCUCCAGGGAUUGGCUUCUGUGAUUCCCAUUCUUGUGGCUCUAUCCUGCCUCGGAGCACUUAACGGCGGCUUCUUUGGGUCACCCAGGAUGCUGUUUGUGGGAGCCAGGGAGGGCCACUGGCCUCCAAUCUUUUCCAUGAUUCACAUCCGCAGAAAUACACCUUUGCCCGCUGUGCUGUUACUGUACCCCUUGGUAGUGUUGAUGUUAAUCACUGGAGAGAUCUACCAGCUCAUCAACUUCGCCUCCUUUGCUCGCUGGUUCUUCAUUGCCUUGGCAACCUUGGGGAUGCUCAUCCAUCGAUACCGCUUCCCCCUCCACCCAAGACCUUUCAAGGUGCCCCUGGCCAUCGCAGUCACCUUCACAGUGGUUUGCUUCUUCAUCGUGGGUCUCUCUCUGUACUCGGACCCCUGGAACACAGGCCAAAGCUGUGCUCUCACUCUGACCGGGGUCCCAGUUUACUAUGUGACCAUCUACCGCUUUCGCUUGCCCCAUAGAUGGAGACGCAUCUUCAACUACUGCAGCAAGCAGCUGCAGAUCCUUCUUGAAGUGGCUCAACAGGAAGUCCAGACAUACUGAAGACCCCAAAGACCGCUUUCUACUGACAGACUGCCUGGAUACCACCUUAACUAGUCCUAGAACCUUUUGUUUACAGUUUAAACUAGUGUGUUUUAAGUGUCCAUUUUGAUACUAAAUUCAUUUUAAGAUGCUCUUUCGAGAAAUUCUUGCAACAACUAUGCUGGGAACAGGUGCCGUAUCUGACUUCUCUUUUAGAAUUUUACUUGACUAAUGUAAGUUGUUGCAGUGCCAGUUUUUAACAGCCAUUGCCACUGGAGUAAGAGGUACUUUUCUUUAUCGUUAGCAUUCUUCAUGAACAUCUGUUCAAUAUAGACUUAUUUUUACAAAGUUCUGUAAGAACCAAUAAAGCAUUUUUAAAAUCA